AUGUCACUUCUCCAGCCACCAGAAGCAGUUCGCGGAAUGACGAAACUCGACAAAGAAGCGUUCCGACUUACCGUGGAUCUCCCAGUUAUUGAAAUCGAAGCAAGUGAUGUCGGAUCUGUAACCAGAAGAGUUCGACUUGAGUCAUUUCUCAUCGGACAUAAGCUGAGACCACUGAAAAAUACAAUGGAUAGUGAGAAGGAAGGCAAGAAAUAUCUUGUGUUUAAUCCCGAGAAAGUUGAACAAGAUACCCUAAGGGAAAAGAUUGGGGCGCUUAUCAAAAGAGAGAUUGACGAUGGACAGCCGAUUAAUUGGACUACACUUUCAAAAGAACUUACAUUUGAUAAUUGGGAUACCAAAUCGAUUUUCAAAGCGAUUCUUCCAGUGGGAAUUGAGUAUAGUAGCUACACUCAAACGGGUCACAUUAUUCACUGCAAUUUCGCUGAUGAAGUUCUUCCGUUCCGCCACAUUAUCGCGGAGGUUCUUCUCAACAAGGUUAAAAACUGUAAGACAGUUGUUCAAAAAGGAAAUAUAAUCACAAAUGUCUAUCGUAAUCUGGACUUGGAAUUACUCGCUGGUGAGGAGAAUUAUGAGACAGAAAUCAAAGAGUCCGGUCUUCGAUUCAAAAUGGAUUUUAGCAAAGUUUAUUGGAAUUCAAGAUUAAGCCAUGAACAUGAGCGUGUUGCUGGAUUAUUCAACAACCAAUCUAUUGUCUACGAUGCAUGCUGUGGAAUUGGCCCGUUUGUGCUUCCGGCGACACUUAAAAAGAAGCCGAGAAGAGUGAUGGCAAAUGAUUUGAAUCCGGAGAGUGUGAAAUGGCUGAAAGUCAAUGUGGCGUUGAAUAAAAUCAAAGAUGAUAAAAUUGAAAUUCAUAAUAUGGACGCGAAGCAAUUCAUCAAAGAGAAUAUUGCAAACGAUGUGAUUCGUUUGAUGAAGGAAGAGAGUGGAUCAGAGGAUUUCGACGAAAACAAACUAGAAUCUGAAAUUCACGUGGUUAUGAACCUGCCAGCUUAUGCUGUUAACUUUCUUCCCGCUUUCCGAGGAGCUCUCAAAAAUUUUGAGACGGAAUUGAAGGAAAUUAAUAAGAAGUGGAAAUGGAAUGUGUACUGUUAUCUUUUUGCAAAGUCACAAGUAGAUGUUCCGGAUGAGUGGUAUGAAGAGGAAGCUCGUCGAAUGUGUGAUGAGAAGACGAAAUGGGACAAAUCGCUUGUUGUAAAUUGUCACAAUGUUCGUACGGUUUCUUCUCGAAAGGAGAUGUUCUGUGUCCAGUUGGAGGUUCCUUAUGAGUACUUGCUUGCUGAGCCACUUCCAGAAGAGCCAGAGGUACCAUUCGAGCCAGAAGAAGUUGAGGAGCCGAGUUGUAAAAAGAUGAAAAUGGAUAAUUAA